GCGUGUGAGGAAGCGGUUUGAGGCGCCGAGGCCGCAGCCAUGGGCCACCUGGAGCUGUUGCUCGUGGAGAACUUUAAGUCGUGGCGGGGCCGCCAAGUCAUCGGCCCUUUCAGGAGGUUCACCUGCAUCAUUGGCCCCAAUGGCUCCGGAAAAUCUAAUGUAAUGGAUGCACUUAGUUUUGUAAUGGGAGAGAAAAUAGCUAAUUUAAGAGUGAAAAAUAUUCAAGAACUCAUUCAUGGAGCACAUAUUGGAAGACCUGUCUCUUCUUCUGCAAGUGUGAAAAUUGUGUAUGUGGAGGAAAGUGGAGAAGAGAAAACAUUUACAAGGAUUAUCCGAGGGGGAUGCUCAGAAUUUCAUUUUGAUGAUAAUCCAGUGAGUCGUUCCGUGUACAUAGCUGAGUUGGAAAAGAUAGGCAUAAUAAUCAAAGCACGGAACUGUCUAGUGUUUCAGGCAGAACGUUACCAGAGUCUCCUUGAAGAACUCAAAAUGAACAAGAUACAAUUACAGCUUUUCCAACUAUAUCAUAAUGAGAGGAAAAUUCAUUUCCUGAACACUGAGUUAGAGCGUGUGAGUAGGGACUUGAGUGUCACAAAGGAGUCUCUUUCUCGUCAUGAAAACAUAGUGAAAGCCAAGAAGAAGGAACAUGGAAUGCUAACCAGACAACUACAACAAACAGAAAAAGAAUUAAAAUCUCUUGAAGCACUUUUAAAUCAGAAAAGGCCUCAAUACAUUAAAGCCAAAGAAAACACUUCUCACCACCUCAAGAAAUUAGACGUGGCUAAGAAAUCAAUAAAGGACAGUGAGAAACAGUGUUCUAAACAGGAAGAUGACAUAAAAGCCCUGGAGACAGAGCUGGUUGAUUUAGAUGGUGCAUGGAGAAGUUUUGAAAAGCAGGUUGAGGAAGAAAUCUUAUACAAGGGGCGAGACAUUGAACUAGAAGCCAGUCAGCUGGAACAUUACAAAGAACUUAAGGAACAAGUGAGAAAGAAAGUGGCUAUAAUGACCCAACAGCUGAAAAAGUUGCAGUGGGAACAGAAGACUGACAAAGAAAGACUGGCGUUUGAAAAGAGGAGGCAUGGAGAAGUUCAGGAAAAUCUAAAACAAAUAAAAGAACAGAUAGAAGAUCAUAAAAAACGAAUAGAGAAGUUGGAGGAGUAUACAAAAACAUGCAUGGAUUGCUUGAAAGAGAAAAAACAGCAAGAGGAAACCCUAGUGGGUGAAAUUGAAAACACAAAAUCACGAAUGUCUGAAGUUAAUGAAGAAUUGAAUCUUAUUAAAAGUGAAUUGCAGAAUGCCGGAAUUGAUAGCCAUGAGGGGAACCGUCAGCAAAAGAGAGCAGAGGUUCUGGAGCACCUUAAAAGACUUUACCCAGAUUCUGUGUUUGGAAGACUACUUGACCUCUGUCAUCCUAUUCAUAAGAAAUACCAGCUGGCUGUUACUAAAGUUUUUGGCCGGUACAUGGUUGCCAUUGUCGUAGCCUCUGAAAAGGUAGCAAAAGAUUGUAUUCGAUUUCUGAAGGAAGAAAGAGCUGAACCAGAGACAUUCCUUGCUCUAGAUUACCUUGAUAUCAAGCCAAUCAAUGAAAGAUUAAGGGAGAUUAAAGGCUGUAAAAUGGUGAUUGAUGUCAUAAAGACUCAGUUUCCUCAGCUGAAGAAAGUAAUUCAGUUUGUAUGUGGAAAUGGCCUUGUCUGUGAGACUGUGGAAGAAGCAAGGCAUAUUGCAUUCGGUGGACCUGAGAGACGGAAAACAGUAGCUCUUGAUGGAACAUUAUUUUUAAAAUCUGGGGUGAUCUCUGGAGGGUCAAGUGACUUAAAAUACAAAGCUAGAUGCUGGGAUGAGAAGGAGAUAAAGAACUUAAGAGACAGAAGAGCCCAGCUUAUCCAGGAAUUAAAGGAUUUAAUGAAGAUACUUCGCAAGGAAGCAGAUUUGAAACAAAUACAGACUCUAAUACAAGGAACUCAUACACGACUCAAAUAUUCGCAAAGUGAACUAGAGAUGAUUAAAAAGAAGCACCUUGCUGCUUUUUACCGGGAACAAUCUCAGCUACAAAGUGAACUACUAAAUAUUGAGUCUCAGUGUACUGUGUUGAGUGAAGGAAUCAAAGAACGGCAACAAAGAAUUGAAGAAUUUCAAGAAAAGAUAGAUAAGGUCAUAAAUGAUGUAUUUGUUACUGAUUGA